GUGUGUGUGUGUAUGUGAGUAUAUAGGAAUCAUCCAUGCCUGCGGUUGCGUGUCCGUCGACACUCAAAUGAUUUUUCUCACGGACUAACCGGCUAAAUGUAAAGCAGCAUGUUGUCUCUUUUCGUGCUGUGGUGCGUCCUCACGGGCGCAGCGGCAGCGAUCGAAGCUCCAGAGGAGUUUGUGUCCCUGGCUGAGUUGGAGGAUUCUCUGCUGAGGAAUCUCUUCAAAGGCUACCAGAAAUGGGUGCGGCCUGUGCUUCAUGCCAACGACACCAUCACUGUACGCUUUGGCCUCAAGAUCUCACAGCUUGUGGAUGUGGAUGAAAAGAAUCAGCUGAUGACGACUAACGUCUGGCUGUGGCAGGAGUGGACGGACUACAAGCUGCGCUGGAACCCUGACGACUACGGAGGCAUCACGUCCAUCCGGGUCCCGUCGGAGAGCAUCUGGCUGCCUGAUAUAGUGCUGUAUGAGAAUGCGGACGGGCGUUUCGAGGGCUCUCUGAUGACCAAGGCCAUCGUGAAGUCCAACGGCACCAUCAUGUGGACCCCGCCGGCCAGCUACAAGUCCUCCUGCACCAUGGACGUCACCUUCUUCCCCUUCGACCGGCAGAACUGCUCCAUGAAGUUCGGCUCGUGGACCUACGACGGCAACAUGGUGGACCUGGUGCUGGUGGACCACUACGUGGACCGCAAGGACUUCUUCGACAACGGCGAGUGGGAGAUCCUCAACGCCACGGGCAGGAAGGGCAGCCGGCGCGACGGCCUCUACUCCUACCCCUUCGUCACCUACUCCUUCAUCAUGAAGCGGCUGCCGCUCUUCUACACGCUCUUCCUCAUCAUCCCCUGCCUGGGCCUGUCCUUCCUCACCGUGCUGGUCUUCUACCUGCCGUCCGACGAGGGCGAGAAGCUCUCGCUCUCCACCUCCGUGCUGGUGUCGCUCACCGUGUUCCUGCUGGUCAUCGAGGAGAUCAUCCCGUCCUCCUCCAAGGUCAUCCCGCUCAUCGGCGAGUACCUGCUCUUCAUCAUGAUCUUCGUCACCUUCUCCAUCAUCGUCACGGUGUUCGUCAUCAACGUGCACCACCGCUCGUCGGCCACCUACCACCCCAUGGCGCCGUGGGUCAAGAGCCUGUUCCUGCAGCGGCUGCCCCGGCUGCUGUGCAUGCGCGGCCACACUGACCGCCUGCGCUACCCCGACAUGGAGCUGCGCAGCCCCGAGCUCAAGCGCAAGAGGGCCGGGGGGGCGGCCGGGGGGCCGGGGGGGGCCGGGGCCAAGGAGGACGAGUGGGUGUCCAUGCUGGAGAAGGCCACCUACUCGGUGCGCUACAUCUCACGCCACAUCCGCAAGGAGCACUUCAUCAGAGAGGUGGUGCAGGAUUGGAAGUUUGUGGCGCAGGUGUUAGAUCGCAUCUUCCUGUGGACCUUCCUCACUGUAUCUGUCAUGGGGACCAUCCUCAUCUUCACUCCAGCGGUGACCAUGUAUCUCACCACACCGCCGUAAGCACAAACGCACACACACACACACACACACAGACCCUCACAUACACACACUCACCAACACACAUACAGUACAUGCACACGCACACGCGCACGCACACACACACACACACACACACACACACACACACACACACACACACACACACACACGCACACACGCACACACACACACAUACACGCGCGUGGACAUGGUGAGUGAUGAGCAGCUUGACCUCCCUCCUCUCUGUGGCCAUGGGGCUGUCAGGCUGGCCCCCGGGACAUGUAAAUAGAGUCUAAUUACAAACAAUCGACCGCCAUGUCUAUACAUCAUAUAUGAUUUAAAUUACAUCUGCAUACUCACCUUGUGUCAGGACUGGAUACUGAAAUGAAUGAUUUCAUGAAUCAACAGUUUUGUAAAUUGGAUUUCAGAACAUGAUAGUGUGAUGAACUUUUCUGCAGUGUGUCCUGUGGAAGUAGCCUACAGUAUGUCCUGAUUGUUUCUGACCCUGUAAGACCCAAAUGUACUCAAAUUCAGAGAACUAUUAGAACUAGAGAAUGAGUGGGUGAGUGAUUCUCUCAGCAAGGACAAUUCUCUCCCAACUCUACUCUUACUUGUUUUCCUCGUCACACACACUGUCUUGU